GCCAGUCAGUCCGUCUCGCUCUCUGUACAACCACUCACUCGUUAUGUUUGGCCUGCCAGUUAUGAUUGUUCGCGAUUUUAUGAUGAGAAAGUGGCCAAGAGCCCUUUGGACUGAGGCGCGCCUAUAUAAAUUUGCCAACGACUUGGGCUCAGUUUUGAUUUGAGCUUAAAAUGUUGCGAUUGAUUGGCCUAAUGCUGUGGCUGUGGCUGCUGCUAGUCGGCGUCUGCUGCUUAGAUGAGCUGGAGUACGAUGCACAGGUGGCACCACCAACCACGGAGGCCCCUCAAUCACCGCUGAAUCUGUGGCGCGGCUUUGUGGGUCAGCUGCAUCAAGUCAUUCGCAGUUGGCGCACCACCAAGGCGCCACGCGUGCAAUUGCGCAGCACCACGCCCGACGCUGAUGUCGACUACGAUGCUCAGCCGGAGCUGCAAUAUUAUGGAGCAUUAAAUCCGAUUUAUUUAACGCAAAAUUUUUAG